AUCGGCGAAAAUGGAGUUCAGUCGAUAGACAACACAGGGUAUGAUCGAUGAAUGGCAAAAUGGAGCGUGGUUGGCGUUGUAAAUCUUCUCUCAUUAGACAUAUUGAUUUACGCUCGUCCAGAACUACCCUUUUUAGAAGAAGGCACGUACCAUUUUGUGUUCGCUUAACCAACUCUGCUACUCCAUCCACUUCUGCCACUUCUGCUCUCGGUGACGCAGAAACUGAAGAAUGGGAGCCCUCCCCUUCAUCCAUAAUCCAAAACAAGAACCUUCUCCGCCGAAGCCCCAAAGGACUCCACGUUCUCGACCUUGUCGACGAGGGAUCACUAGAACCCGACAGGACUCUCUACAACUUGCUGAUCAAGAAAUGCACCUCCUUGAAAAGGCUCAAGGAAGGCAGGAUUGUCCACACCCAUCUCCGCAAUUCCAGAUUUCUCAAGGGUGAUGCUGUGAUGCAGAACAGUGUGCUCCAUAUGUAUGCAAAAUGUGGCAGCUUGGAGGAUGCUCGCCAGUUGUUCGACGAGAUGACCGAUAGAGAUUUGGUCACUUGGACUGCCUUGAUUACUGGGUAUUCUCAGAAUGAUCGAGCCGAGGACGCACUUGUGUUGUUUCGUAGAAUGCUUCGAUUCGGGCUUCAACCCAAUGAAUUCACGUUGGCUAGUGUAUUGAAGGCUUCUGGGACCGGUGCUAGUGAUAUGGAGGGAAGGCAGCUUCAUGGUUUCUGUCUCAAGUCCGGUUACGUUAAUGAUGUUUAUGUGGGUAGUUCAGUUUUGGACAUGUAUGCAAGGUGUGGCCGCAUCGAGGAAGCUGGGAGAAUAUUUGGUGGGCUGCCUUGCAAAAAUGAGGUGUCUUGGAAUGCUUUGAUCUCGGGACAUGCUAGGAAAGGUGAAGCAGAAAUUGCACUUGGAUUGUUUCGGAAGAUGCUCAGGGACGAUUUUGAACCCACAAGAUUCACGUAUUCUGGCAUUUUCAAUGCUUUUUCCAUCACUGGGUCUCUAGAGCAAGGGAAGUGGGUUCACGCCCACAUGAUAAAAUCCGGUGGAAAGCUUAUUGCUUUUACUGGCAAUACUCUUCUUGACAUGUACGCAAAAUCAGGUAGCAUUGACGACGCAAAGAAAGUUUUUGAGCGGCUGGUGAAUAGAGAUGUUGUCUCUUGGAAUUCGAUGAUUGUUGCAUUUGCCCAACAUGGGCUAGGGAGGGAUUCCAUACAAAUGUUCGAAGAAAUGCUGAAGAUUGGAGUUUCACCUAAUGAAAUAACUUUCCUUUGUGUUCUUACGGCUUGUAGCCAUGCCGGCCUUUUGGAUGAAGGACAAUAUUAUUUUGAGUUGAUGAAGAAGUUCAAUUUUGAGCCACAGAUUUCGCAUUAUGUGACAAUUGUUGAUCUUUUUGGCCGAGCAGGUCAUCUUAAUCAAGCUGAGAGGUUCAUAAGGGAAAUGCCAAUUGAACCAACUGCUGCCAUAUGGGGAGCCUUGCUUGGUGCUUGUAGAAUGCAUAAGAAUAUGGAUUUGGGCACCUAUGCUGCUGAACGUAUAUUGGAACUUGAUCCCCAGGACGCAGGGCCCCAUUUGUUGCUCUAUAAUAUCUAUGCAUCUGCUGGUAGAUGGACUGAUGCUGCAAAAGUGAGAAAGAUGAUGAAGGAAAGCAGGGUUAAGAAAGAACCUGGUUGCAGUUGGGUGGAGAUCGAGAAUGAGGUCCACGUAUUUCUGUCAAAUGAUGAUGCCCAUCCACAGAUGGAUGAGAUUCAUAGGAUGUGGGAGAAAAUUAGGAGGGAGAUUACGGAGAUUGGAUACAUCCCCGACACAAGCCAUGUACUUCUUUUUGUGGACCAGCAGGAGAGGGAAGUUAAGUUGCAGCACCAUAGUGAAAAGCUUGCUCUUGCAUUUGCUCUUCUCAAUACACCUCCAGGGACCCCUAUACGAAUCAAGAAGAACAUCAGAGUUUGUGGUGAUUGUCAUUUAGCCUUCAAGUUUGCAUCAAAGGUGGUAGAUAGGGAAAUUAUUGUUAGGGAUACUAAUCGGUUCCAUUGUUUCCGGCAUGGUUCGUGUUCUUGUGGUGACUACUGGUAGUGCCAAGACAUCAACAGUCAAUCAUCCAUAGGGAUCCUGUGGGAGAGCAAAUGUUUUUUUUUUUUAACUCUUGGAAAAUGUUCUUGAGCUCCCUUUUUCUAAAUUUUUCUGAAAAAACAUUUUUCAAAAGGUGAAAACAUUACCAAACCGUCGCGUGAUAUUUUGAACAAGUGCUUUGCUCAUUACUCUGUGUUUCUGAGUCUUGAGCAGACAUGACAAUGGCUUCAACUUUGGGUCCCUUGCACAUAUAAAUUCUUCAGUGGAAGCAACUUGAAGGACAAUAUGACUUCUGAUGGCAGUAAUACAAAAUUUGGUGGCCUUUUUGGCAUGAUGCAACUGGCAAGAGUCUGGAUCUGAAUGUCAGAAAACACGAAGAAUGCAUGAUUGAGACACGAAAGCAAAGAUGAAUACAUUUCUGUUUAGUAACAAUCACCAGUCUCUCAAGCCCAUGAGAUUUACAUGUUUUCUCACAGGCUGAGCUAGAGAAGCAAGGUUCAUUCAAUGUGUGGCACAUUUUGGCCAGAACUAAUCUAUCAAAUUAUGGAUGUCCCAUUGCUUAGUGAAAUUGGGCACGCAAGGUUGCUUGAACUA